AUGUUCUCAGCAUUGUUCAAAGGGAUAGGAUCUAGUGUUACCAGAGGUUCCACUCAACUCAUCAAACAACAACCUUUACAAAAUAUUUUACAACGUCAAGUUCAAACAUCAGCUUACGAUACAACCGCUACAGUCCAGAAGCUUCGUGAUCAAUUACGCUACUAUGCAGUUGCCGAGAUUGCUGGCAGACCCUUCUUGAUCACCAAAAACGACAAGGUCAUUGUCAACCGUUUGAAGGAUGUGAAAGUUGGCGAUGUGUUGAAAUUAGACAAAGUCCGUGAAUUAGGCAGCAAAGAUUACACACUAAAGGGCUCACCUUACGUCCCCGAGAAUGUCUUCAACAUCAAUGCCACCGUCAUUGAACAUACCAAAAGCAAAUUGAUCCAAAUCGUAAAGAAGAAGAGAAGAAAGAACUACAAGCGUACAAUUGAGCACAAACAAACACACACAGUCUUGCGAAUUUCUAACGUUGAUGUACUUUAA